UGAAGAUGAAGCUGGUGGCGGAGGGUUUCAACCCAAAUCAAAUCACCGACCCGCUCUACUUUCUGGAUGAAAAAGACAAGAGUUAUGUCCCACUUACCGUGGACACAUUUAACUUGAUCACCUCAGGCCAGAUCAAAAUCUCAAGAUGCAAGAAACGAGUGGCCCAGCUGUGGAGAAGCUGAGGGCCGAGCUUGAGGCUCAGCAUGAGGCCUCGAUAAAACAGCUCAAAGCUCUCUGGUCCAAAGAAAAGGAGACGGAGAUCCAGGAGCAGGUGGACUCUCAAGUUGCCUUAGCCAAGGCUGCCUGGGAGGAGGAACUGCAAAAGAUGGAGAAGUCCUGGGUGGAGAGGCUGGAGGAGGCUAGGAGAGAGGAACAUAAGGAGACGGCUGAGGCUUCCUGUCAGGCAGAGACGGAGGCCAGCGGUGUGAGAGUCACUGCAGAGGAUCUGGACUCCAGGCUCAGUGCCCAGAGACAGCAGCUGCUCCUGGAGGCUGAGAGAGGCAAACGCAAAGCUGUGGAGGAAGCCAGGAAACAAGCCCAGAGAGAGCUGCAUGAGAAACAUCUGGACGACAUGGCCAACCAGGUUGAAGGUGCAGUAACCAGGGCCUACAAUCGCUGGAUUGAAGAUUUGACGUCAUUACCAGAAUAUCGAGCCGCUCUCCAAACAGAAAGGGAGAAAUGGGAAGUACUGCAAGAGAAACGCACAGGACAACAGGUUUCCCAGGCAGAGGAGAAGUGGAAUAAGAAGCACAAGAACCAGCUGGAGGAGCAGAGACUGGAGGAGCUACAAGAGGAGUUGCAGAGUCAGGUGGAGCAGGGGAGGAGGGAGCUUGCGGCGCUGCUGAAGGCUGAGCUGACUGCAGCCCGAGCAGCCUGGAGCCGAGACAAACAACAAGAGAUCUCUGUGACCCUGGCCCGCAGUGAGCAGGCGUACCAGAGAAAUCUGGAGCAGGCUGUGCAGCAGGCCAGAGGGGAGGCGGCGCUGCACGGAGAGGAGCUGCUCCUGCAGGUGGAGGCCAAGCUACAGCAGACUGUGAGGGCCCGGGAGGAGGAGUGGAAAUGUCAGCAUGCAGAGGAGGAGCAGGUCCAGAGGCAGCAGACAAGAGAUGAAUUAAUGACGGAACUUCAGAUGGCUCUGUCAGAGGUCCAGGCACAACUUCUCAGGGAUCCCAGAACAAAUCAGCCCCACACUGAAGACCCCAGGAGGAGCAGCGGGGACACAUCAGAGCUCACAGUCACACACAUCAUCCAAACCACCUGCAGAGACGUAGUCAACAGAGCAGUGUCUCAAGCCAAGAAGCAAUGGACCAAAAUAAGUGAGGAGAGACUGAGCCUUGUGUUAAAAGAAACACAGGAGCAUCAUGAGAGAGAAAUAGACCAAAUGCAGAGCUCCGUGUCCCAGAGGAAGGAGCCGGCCCGCUGCAGGAAGGAGUGCGCCGAGACUUUAGGAAAGCUGCAGAAGAAGAACCAGGAGCUGCAGAGACACUUAGAGAAAGCCUGUCGUCAGCUGCAGCACAGCGUCCGGGAGCACAACUCUGCCAUGCAGCAUCUGAAAGAUGAGCAUGAAAGCAGCUUGAAAACCAUGAAGGAGGAACAUCUGCAGCAGCUGGAGGAGGUGAAGAGAGCCAAAGAAUCCUCAGGGAGUUCUGAUCACCAACAAAAUACACAAGGCCUGGAAGAGAUGAAGCAGCAAUACGUGACGACUGUAGAAAAGAUCAGAGGAGACAUGCUGCGUUACCUCCAGGAGAGUCGAGAGCGAGCUGCAGAGAUGAUCCGCGUGGAGGUGCAGAGGGAGAGGCAGGACACCGCCAGGAAGAUGCGGCGCUAUUAUCUGACCUGUCUGCAGGAGUUACUGGAGGACGGGGGAAAGAAUACAAGGGCUGACAAGAAAAUAAUGAAUGCUGCAAGCAAGCUGGCAGCCAUGGCUAAAGUACUGGAGACGCCUGUCAGAAUGAAAUCUUCAAAGAACUACAGCUUACAAACUGUGUUCACAGGUAGAAAUGCAGGUUUCAGUAAGAACCCUUUGACUCUCACUGAGCUCCCUGACAUCAGGCCGGAGGGGAGAUCGCACAGGGAAAAGACUUCAGAGCAGAAACAAGUCGCCACAGCGAGGACGAAACCUUCGAGUCACAAAGACCUUCCUGCCACUGAGAAGGAGGCAGCGGCAGUAGAUGCAAGACUGAAAACUGCUGGUAACGCAUAUCUCCACUCUUACAAACCUUCACAUCAGACGAAUUCAUGCCAGGGGGAUUUUGUCGAUGCGUCUGUGAGGAGUAAAAACAGGGAGCUAUGCCUGCAGGGAGUCAACCGCCUUGACUCAGAGCGACAGACCCAACCGCUCCUCAUCCAGGAGGUUCCUGUCAGAGACGAGAGGAGGACGGACUGGAGCAUGAGCAGCAGUGACUCGGACGCAGGCUUCCAGGCCUCCACACUCUCUUACUCAGGGAGGAAAGUGGAGCAGGUGAAGCCUUUUUCUGUCUCUGCUGCGUCAGCCAGUCACCUGGGAGAGUUUGUAGGACUCACCCCGAAUGUUUCUGACCUGACUGUCUAUAACGAAAUUGCCAAAAAGACACCUCACACCCAGACUUUGAGCGUUCAGCAUGCAAAGCUCAGCACACACCGGGAGCCCACGCCUGGCUCAGAGGGCGAGGAGCAGCGGGGGGGCCGUCCCCGGCCUCAGUUCUCUGAGCUGAGACAACGGCAGCAGGACAGCGGCUUCGACAGUCCGUUCUACCAGCAGAAAUGACAAAGUGAGGGCAGGUAUGAAGUG